UUUUCUCUGUUCCCGAAAAAUAAAUAAAUAAAAAUGGAUUUCGACAUGUCUAAGGAGAAUAUUCAACCGCUUCGAAGCGGAAGAAAUGCCGAAUAUCUCAGCAUUGCCUUGAGUGCCGAAAAUGAGGAAGCAAUUUUAAAAGAAUUGGAACAACAACGAUUAAAUCACGAAACAAGAAUCCAAAACUACGUUGGCUCCGAUCCGUUGGAAGCGUGGUACGAUUACAUCUCGUGGAUUGAACAAACGUACCCAAAAAGCGGCAAAGAAUCGCAUUUGGACAAAGUUUUGACGCAAUGCAUCACAACCUUCGAAAAUGCCGAGCAAUAUCUCCAAGACAGGCGAAUGAUCAAACUUUACAUCAAAUUUAUCGAUAGUCAGCCGAAUCCGCAGGAUUUGUAUCAGGAAUUGUACAAUCAGGGCAUCGGGACGAUGGUAGCUGAUUUGUACAUGGCAUGGGCUUAUUACUACGACGCCGUCGACAAUUUCAAAAAAGCCGAGGAAAUUUACCAAAAAGGACUUCAGGCGGGAGCUCAGCCUCGAGACGAUCUCGAACAUGCCCACAAACAAUUCGGAUUCUCGAUGUCGCAACGAAUUUUGUACAAAGACGAGCCAAAUAAUCAAAGUUUGUUCAAAAGUUCCUUGAAUGAGCAACGGGCCGUCCUUACUUCACUAAAAGCACACAAAAAAACGUUCGUGGGAACAUCGCGAACGGGCCUUUCGAUCAAAAGUGAGAAGCCAGGAGCAAUUUUUCAAGACCAAAACUCUUCAAAAGCCGGAAAUUCUCAUAUUAAAGUCCUCGAAGACGCAGAAACGAAAAAUAAUGUUCUUCCCGAAGCCUUGAACGAACCUCAUGGCAGCAUAAUUGACAGCAUUCGACUUCGUGAAAACCUCCUCGAACCAGGUCCAUGGGAUAAAGCCAAAGUUCGGAGCAAAUUUACAGCAGCAACUGUCCCAGAUGUCAAUCAACUCGGCUUUAAAAUCCUCGAAGACGAAACAAGUUCAAUCCCGUGUCUCGUAAGCACUUUUAAUCUCGGAUUUAAACGUCCCCAAAACUUUGUCGCUAAAAAUUCGAAAAUUCUUGGAGAUACAACGAACUUUCCUUUGGUUAUUCCGGAGCCAAUUGAUCCAAAGGGGAUUCCAAUGUAUGCGAAAUUUCAUUGUUACCCGACGACAGACAAGGAAUUCUCUCCUGAAGAGUAUCGAGCGUUCAAUUGGUUCCAAAAAAAUCAAAUUAAAACGGAAAAAAUGAUGAAUUACGAGAAAUUUUGGGCAAAUUCAGUCGAAUGUGGGAUCAGAAUUCCUCCGAAUUUCGUAAAACAAAAUAAAAGUCAGACGAAAAUGGAUUAUGUGAUUCCGAUGCAAGAAAAUGGCGAAAAAGGAUUCACGGUGCCGUAUGAAAAAAUGAUAAUUAAGGAAGGCGGAGAGAUAAGGGAUAAGUCGCAUGAAGAAAUUAUGGCGGAAAAAUGGAAAUUGAAGCCGAAAAAGGUUCAGAGGCAGACAAUUUACAUGGAUUUGACAAUGGCGCAAAAUAUGUCGAUGGAAGUAGAUGAAGAUGAAAAAAUGAUUUCAACACCUGAGCCAAAAUCCUACAUCAAACCUGACACAUUAAAUCCAUCAUUCCACGACCAAUCCCUCAUGAAAGAUGUUUUUGCCAUUCCUGCCCAACCUCAACCCAUAUUCCGUCAAAACCAGUCCAUCGUUCAACCCGCAAAAGAAGAAUUUAAAGAAAGCCCGCCUUCGUUAUAUGGUCCCAACGACUCCAUGUGCACGAUAAAUUUCAACAAAUGUCUCGGAAAAACUGCUGCUUCAACGCCAAUCAAGACUGUAAAGAAAAUUGUCGCUCUUGACACGAAAAAAAUUCAAGAACCCGAAACUCCGCCUGCUGCUCCAACAAAAACUGUCGUCGAUUUGGGAAACACUUUGGUCAAACAGCUAUCCACAAUUAUGGAAACUACAGAAUCAACGAGCUCUACAGGAAUUUCAACGAAAGAAAAUGUUUUUUCGUCGCCUGUUGAAGAGCCGGUUCACGAUGAAAAUCCCGUUCCUCAAACAUUUUCCAUUUUCGAAGACAAAACCGAAAAUAUGCGAGCAAUGUCACUAAAAAUGCCCGUUUUGAAGGAUGAAAUUUAUCAAGAUUCUGUGAAAAAAAGUGAAAUUAGCUCUGCAGGAGGCAUUUUUAAGGAAAAUAUUUCAUCAUUUCCAAUCCCGGAGCAAAAUAAUGAAAAUAUCGCACCGCAAACAUUUUCAAUUUUUGAAGACCAAACCGAGAACAUGAGAGCUGUUUCGAUGAAAAUUCCAACAAUUCCCGAUGAUUUGUCAAUUUUCCACAAAAAAUCCCCGAAAUUCGAGGAGGAAAUAAAAAUCCCCAAUGAAAGUGUCAAAAAAAUGUUCGUAAAACCGGAUUCUCCGAAACACGUUGGAUACGAAAGCAUUUGUGAACCCUUUGAAAAUAUCUCUAUUAAACGUACAAGUGACGGAUUUUACGAUAGUUUUUGCAAAAGUCCCCCAAAUGUGUUGGCUUGUGACAAAAUCAACUCGAUGCGCGUCGAUAAUUCGCCUUUUUCAUCAAUUUCUGAUAAGGCGAAGGCGGAAAAGGAACCAAUUUCGAGUCAAAUAUCGACGAAAAAUAAGAUGACGGGCGAUUUUUUGGAUUUAUUCGCAAAAACUCCUGAAAAAAAUAGCAGUAUGUUCUCGUUUAACGUCGAUUCCAAAGCGAACAAAACAAAAAAUUUCGAAAUGGAAAAAACGGAAGAGCUUUUAAAGUCGCCAAAAGAUCAAUAUCGGUCACUUGAGGUAAAUUCACCCAAAAAAUCAGAUGAUUUUCCACUUUUUGGCGGCAAAAACGAGCUUUCCAACGAAAAUCGUGACAGCAGCUCCAACAAAAAGCCACUUUUCGCUGAAGAUGACAACUUAAAUACGAUCAAUUUCGCCGUUCAUUUGGGCGAAGCUCAAAAUUCGACACUCAUUGAGCCGAAUCUGCCUCCGGGCAUGGGAAAAAUUGUGUCUCUCUUCCCAAGUGAGCCGCAAAAAAGCAUCAGGGAAGAACAAAAAACGCAAAAAGAGAGUUUUAAUCCCGUCGAAGCUGCCAACACGGACUUGGGAAUGAGUAUUUAUGUUCCAGCGGUGUCAAAAAAUUUCGAAUUCUCGUCGGAAAAUUGGGAAGAUGUCACAGAAGAACCGCUUCACGAGCCCGAAAGAUUUUAUAUGACACUCGUUGAAGGACAGAACAUCGAUUCGUCGAUGAUGUUGCACCAGCAGCUGAACGAAGAAAUUUUUAAUCCCUUUGAUAAGCAUUUGAGAGCUGCUUUGUUGGAAAAUAUUGAUAUCAUCAGUUAUAUUCAAGAGUUGCCCACGUGCACACUGAAGAACAAAAUUCAGCAAGUCAUGAAGGGUAAAACGAUUGAAAUUGGGAACGAGGCGUUUGAUGUUAUUAAAGUGAUUGGAAAAGGAGCUUUUGGAGUCGUUUUUACUGGCAAACAUAAGAGAACUGGACAAAUCAUGGCGUUGAAACAAGAACGACCUGCUAAUUUGUGGGAAUAUUAUAUUUGUUUGGAAAUAAAAUCUCGUAUCGUCAAUCCCAAUAUCUUAUGCGGCUUUAUGAAUGUAGCUUAUUCCUUAAUUGGAACGAACGCCAGCAUUCUCGUUUCCAGUUUCUCUCCUUCCGGAACACUCAUCGACGUUUGCAACAAAUACAAAAAGGCAACAAAUCGCAAUUUAGACGAGUACGUUGUCAUGUCCCUAACAAGUCAAAUCCUGGAUUUGGUCGACCAUUUGCAUAGCGUCGGAAUUAUUCAUGCUGACAUCAAACCCGACAACUUUUUGUUGAUGUCAAAAAUAAAUUCGAACGACAUGUCGCGACCCGUAGUGCAAUUAAUUGACUUUGGCUUGUCCAUUGACAUGCAACUGCUCCAGAAUAUGCAUCCGUGCAAAGAUAUUGUCUUCAAGCUGAUCGCCGAGGAGGAUCCGUGCAUCGAAAUGCGCGAAAACAAGCCGUGGACGUAUCAAGUGGAUUUAUUCGGUGUCGCGGGAACAGCGCAUGCGAUGCUUUUGGGCAGAUACAUGGAAGUCGUUCAAAAACUGAUGAAAUGGGAAAUUAAAGUAAAGUUGCCGAGAUAUUUCCAAAAAGAUAUUUGGGAUAGGUUCUUCGAUAAACUUUUGAAUGUGCGAAGUUGCAAGGAAAUGCCGAAUUUACAAGAAUUACGAGCGUUGUUCAAAGAAGAAUUAUUGAGCAAAGAUAGAAUUUUUAGAGAAAAAGCGAGCGAGUUUAAUAAUGUUAUUUUUUCGUAAAAAAUUAAAAAUAAAAUUUAAUUAAU